UUAACGUAAUUAACUUUAUGACAUCAGCUGCCGUUCCUACUUUCCUCACCGGCUUCAAGUUCCAGCCGCUCCGUUUGGAAGCAGGACAGAUCCACCGGGACAUAGAGGACCACAGAAAGACAGACCACGACCCGAACCGGUCUUCCUGCAGGUUGCCGAGCCGCUGAAAGGCGUGCUGUUCCGGGCCGUGCCAGGCUCAGACGGGAUGCCUUGGAAGAAUCUUGCCGUCCAGCCACAGGCCACCGCUGCUGUGCUCAUCUGAUAAAUAUAGGACACACCGAGGCAGGAGGGAGGCGAGAUGGGCUUCCUGCACCAGCUGCAUCUCUUGCUGUGGAAGAACAUCUCCCUGAAGAGGAGAGGCCCGUGGGUGCUGGCAUUUGAAAUUUUCAUCCCACUAGUCCUAUUCUUCAUCCUACUGGGUCUGAGGCAGAAGAAACCAGCGAUCCCCGUCAAGGAAGUGUCUUUUUACAGUGCAGCGCCGCUCACCUCAGCCGGCAUCAUUCCCAUCAUGCAGUCGCUGUGCCCGGACGGACAGAGGGAUGAGUUUGGAUUCCUGCAAUACAAGAAUUCUACAGUGACUCAGCUGCUGGAGCGAAUCAGUGAAGUGGUUGAACAGAACCGCCUCUUCACAUCUGACAGACCGGGUUUGGGUCAGGAUCUGGAGACCCUGCAGCAGCACCUGGAGAGCCUCAGCACUGCACCUUUACCGCCCGACUAUGGCUUCAACAGCAGCAGCCAAGGCUUCCCACUGGCUGCCGUGUUGAAGAACCAGGAAGGUUUCCAGCAGUUCUUGGUCAGGAAUCUUUCCCUCUCCAACUCCACAGCUAGCACGCUGCUGAACAGCUCAGUGAACCUCCAAGAGGUGUACAGACUGAUCUUCGAUAGUUCCCUCAGAGACAGUGGAGGGCCAACCAGCUGGAUUCAUGGGCCAAAAAUCCUGAGUAAGAAACCUGCAGACAAGCUUCUGCAGAUUAAGGGGAAGCUGCUGGGUGGUGUUCAGAGUAUGGAUGGAGGUGAAGAUCCAGGCAGAGCAGCAAACAGGAAGGCUGUGGUCCAGAUCAUAUCCUGGGCGCUGGGCCUGUCGGCCGCCUCUGGCAGCCGGGCCGAGCAGCUUCAGGGCAUCCAGGAGCUGGAGGGAGUUCUCUUGACUGGAUCCAUGCUGAAGUUCCUGACCUGUGGGGAGCGUGGCGACAUUCAGCUCAGGAAGAUUCUGCUGGUUCCCGAGAAGCAACAGACUGCACUGCAGGCAUAUCACAGCCUCAUGUGCAGCCGAGAGGAGGGUCAAAGGUCAGAGCGCUUCAGACAGCUGAGCAAGGAGCUUCGAGAGCAGAUUAACACUCAAAGUGUUGCUGACCAGGCCGGCCCUGUGGCCCCCCUGUCCCAGUCCCAGCUGGGUGCCCUGCUGAAGGACCUGGCUGAUGUGGAGAGGCUCCUGAAGGACGUGGACCUGCUGUCUGGACUGGCUCGCCUCCUGCCCAAAGGAGCAUGCGCCGGGCAAAACCCAGUAUCCACGAUCAACGGAACGUGGCCUCUGAACGCCACCACAUGGAGCAUCAACACAACAGAUGUUCCCAGAGAAGACGGAGAGGAAGGGGUGGAGGGCGGAGGGAAGAAGGAGGGGGAGGAGAAUCCUCACUCUCAGUUCUCAGCAUUUGUUCAGCUGUGGGCAGGACUGCAGCCCAUUCUGUGUGGGAACAACAGAAUCAUUGAGCCAGAGGCGCUGAAGCAGGGGAAUAUGAGCUCUCUGGGAUUCACCAGCAAAGAACAAAGGAACCUGGGCCUGCUCGUUCACCUGAUGACUACAAAUCCCAAGAUCCUCUACUCCCCCAUUGGCUCUCAGGUGGACAAAGUGAUUCAGAAGGCGAAUGAGACAUUUGCAUUUGUUGGGAAUGUGACUCACUACACCCGGGUGUGGCUGAGCAUCUCUGCCCAGCUCAGGACUUUUCUGGAGGAGGGCCGCCUGCAGAGCCAUCUGCUGUGGCUCCAGCAGCUGUCCUCAGAGCUGCAGCAGCAGCCGGAGCUGCUGAACGGCACCAACAACGAGCUGAUGCAGGCGCUGAUGAUGGGAAACUACACGCUACCCAACACCUCCACCCUGCUGGAGCAGCUAGACACAAUCGACAACGCUGCCUGCAGCUGGAUACGCUUCAUGUCAAAGGUCAGUGUGGACGUGUUCAAAGGCUUCCCUGAUGAGGACAGCAUAGUCAACUACACCCUGAACCAGGCCUACCAGGACAAUGUUUCUGUGUUUGCCAGCGUGAUUUUUCAGACCAACAAGGAUGGUUCUUUGCCACCUCAUGUUCUGUACAAAAUAAGACAGAACUCCAGCUUCACAGAGAAGACUAAUGAAAUCAGAAGAGCCUACUGGCGACCUGGGCCCAACACCGGUGGGAAAUUCUACUUCCUCUAUGGUUUUGUGUGGAUUCAGGAUAUGAUAGAAAGAGCCAUAAUCAACACAUUUGUGGGUCACGAUGUGGUGGAACCCGGGAACUAUGUCCAGAUGUUCCCCUACCCAUGUUACACCAGAGAUGAUUUCCUGUUUGUGAUUGAGCACAUGAUGCCCCUCUGCAUGGUGAUAUCCUGGGUAUAUUCCGUAGCUAUGAUGAUUCAGCACAUAGUAGCAGAGAAAGAACAUCGGCUCAAAGAGGUCAGACUUUUCUUGGUGUCAGUAAUCUACUCCAAAGCUAAGCUAGCUUCAGCCUGUGGAGGAAUCAUCUACUUCCUCAGCUAUGUGCCCUACAUGUAUGUAGCCAUAAGGGAGGAGGUGGCCCAUGACAAGAUCACUGCCUUUGAGAAAUGCAUUGCUUCUCUCAUGUCCACCACAGCCUUCGGUCUUGGCUCCAAGUAUUUUGCCCUGUAUGAGGUGGCAGGUGUUGGCAUCCAGUGGCGCACCAUCAGUCAGUCACCUGUAGAGGGCGAUGACUUUAAUCUGAGCCUUUCCAUGAUGAUGCUCAUUAUAGAUGCUGGGGUGUACGGUGUGCUAACCUGGUACAUAGAAGCUGUUCAUCCAGGGAUGUAUGGGCUGCCACGCCCAUGGUACUUCCCUCUGCAGAGGUCCUAUUGGUCAGGCAGUGGGCGUGUUGAGGCCUGGGACUGGCCCUGGUGUGGAGGAGGAUCUGCCAGGCUCAGUGUGAUGGAGGAGGAUCAGGCUUGUGCCAUGGACCAGCGCCGGUCCGAGGAGAUGCGGGGCAUGGAGGAGGAGCCGAGCCACCUGAGCCUGGUGGUCUGCAUAGACAAACUGACCAAGGUGUACAAGACCGGCAGCAAACUGGCCCUCAACAACCUGAGCCUCAACCUCUAUGAAAACCAGGUGGUCUCCUUCCUGGGACACAAUGGAGCUGGAAAAACCACCACCAUGUCCAUCCUGACAGGCUUGUUUCCUCCCACCUCCGGCUCUGCCACCAUAUACGGCCACGACAUCCGCACCGAAAUGGAUCGGAUCCGUCAGAACCUGGGCAUGUGUCCGCAGCACAACGUUCUGUUUGAUAAGCUCAGUGUAGAGGAGCACCUAUGGUUCUACUCCAGGCUCAAGGGCAUGGCAGAGGACGACAUCCGCAAGGAGAUGGACAAAAUGAUUGUGGACCUAGAGCUAUCUAACAAGCGCCACAGCUUGGUCCAGACGCUGUCAGGUGGGAUGAAGCGGAAGCUGUCGGUGGCCAUCGCCUUCGUAGGCGGCUCCAGGGCCGUCAUUCUGGACGAGCCCACUGCGGGGGUGGAUCCUUACGCCCGCAGGGCCAUCUGGGACCUGAUCCUCAAGUACAAACAGGGCCGGACCAUCCUGCUGUCCACUCAUCAUAUGGACGAAGCCGAUCUUUUGGGAGAUCGCAUUGCCAUCAUCUCACAUGGAAAGCUGAAGUGCUGUGGAACACCACUUUUCUUGAAGAGCACUUAUGGAGAUGGAUACAAACUGACGCUGGUGAAAAAGCAAAGUGAAGGCCAGGGCAGCCAGCCCAAGUCUCCCUCCUCUUCAUCUCCAUCCUCUUCGCUGUCACCCUGCUCAGAAACCCAGGUCACCGACUUUAUUCAGCAGUUUGUGGCUACCUGCCUGCUGGUGUCAGACUCCAACACUGAGCUCUCCUAUGUCCUGCCCUCCGAAUCGGUCAAGAAGGGCAGCUUUGAGAGGCUGUUCCAGGCUUUGGAGCAGAGCUUGGCUGACCUGGCUCUGACCAGCUUUGGAGUGAUGGACACCACGCUGGAGGAAGUGUUCCUCAAAGUCUCUGAGGAAGACCAGUCUCUGGACAACAGUGAUGCUGACAUGAAGAGCUCGCCUGGGGGCAGCUCACUGGGGAAGCUGUCCGUGGGAUCAGGGGCUCAAGAUGGACCAGUGCCUGAGACCGGACGUUCGCUGCACAACGAGAAGUCUGAGGUUGAGCUGAGCAAUCUGGUGCAGUGCUCCAGGCUUAGCCAGAGCCAGCUGUCACUGAAAUCUUCCUCGUCUGUGGGCUCAGUGCGUGGAGAUGAGGGGGGGCUGUAUGCAGACUUCUUUGGGGAUUACUGCCCUCUGUUUGAGAACGGCCAGGAGUCGGACUCUGCCAGCCUGAGAGGCGAUCCAGAAAAUCCCACCUCCCCAGAGCUGGAAGACCUGGAGGGGCAGGGCAGCUUCAAGCUGGAGGGCUGGUGGCUGAAACUGAGUCAGUUUCAUGGCCUCAUCAUAAAGAGGUUCCACUGUGCCAAGAGAAACACCAAGGGCCUCUUCUCCCAGAUCCUCCUGCCUGCUUUCUUUGUCUGUGUGGCUAUGACUGUGGCCUUAUCCGUGCCUGAGAUCGGAGAUCUACCACCGCUCAUCCUGUCUCCUUCUCAGUAUCAUAACUACACCCAGCCCAGAGGCAACUUCAUCCCCUACGCCAAUGAAGACAGGCCCCAGUACAGGAGUACGCUGUCACCAGAUGCCAGGCCUCACAAGAUCAUCAACACCCUCCGACUUCCCUCAGGUGUGGGGGCAACAUGUGUCCUUAAGACCCCCUUCAACAGCACCCUGGACCAGCUGGCCCGGACCCUCAACCCCAGCGCCAACAACUCCAAGACCCUGGCUGCCCAGUACUUUGACUCUAUGUGUCUGGACUCCUUCACCCAGGGGGUCCCCCUCUCCAACUUUGUGCCCCCGCCACCUUCCCCGGCUCCCUCAGAUGACCCAGACCCUCGUUUUAUUGCCCCUCCAACCACAAUUCACGAGCCCGUUACAUCUCCUCCUACCCUCCCUCUCUCCAUCCGUGAGCCGGUGCGCUGUACCUGCUCUAUGCAGGGCACAGGCUUCUCCUGCCCAGGUGGGGUCGGAGGUCGCCCCCCUCUCAUGAAGGUGGUGACGGGGGACAUUUUGGUGGACAUCACAGGCCGGAACGUCUCUGAAUAUCUGCUCUUCACUUCGGACAGAGUGCGGCUCCACAGAUAUGGUGGUUUAACUGUGGGGAACAUCCAGAAAUCCAUCCCUGCCUCCUUCGGAAGGAACAUUCCUCCAAUGGUCCGCAAGAUAGCCGUACGCAGAUCAGCUCAGGUCUUGUACAACAACAAAGGCUACCACAGCAUGCCAACCUAUCUGAAUGUACUGAACAAYGCCAUCCUGCGCGCCAACUUACCUGCAUCCAAAGGCAACCCUGCUGCUUAUGGAAUCACACUGACCAACCAUCCGAUGAAUAGAACCAGUGCCAGCCUGUCUUUGGACUAUUUGCUGCAGGGCACCGACGUGGUGAUCGCCAUCUUCAUUAUUGUUGCCAUGUCCUUCGUACCUGCCAGCUUUGUGGUUUUCCUGGUUGCAGAGAAAUCCACUAAAGCCAAACAUCUGCAGUUCGUCAGCGGCUGUGACCCCGUCAUCUACUGGCUGGCCAACUACAUCUGGGACAUGCUAAACUACCUGGUACCUGCCACAUGUUGCGUCAUCAUCUUGUUUGUGUUCGACCUGCCAGCCUACACCUCCCCCACCAACUUCCCAGCUGUCCUCUCCUUGUUCCUGCUCUACGGGUGGUCCAUCACUCCCAUCAUGUAUCCAGCAUCCUUCUGGUUUGAUGUUCCCAGCACAGCCUAUGUCUUCCUCAUCGUCAUCAACCUCUUCAUAGGCAUAACUGCAACUGUGGCCACCUUCCUCCUGCAGCUGUUUGAGCAUGACAAGGAUCUGAAGAGGGUCAACAGUUACCUGAAGUCCUGCUUCCUCAUCUUCCCCAACUACAACCUGGGUCACGGUCUGAUGGAGAUGGCCUACAACGAGUACAUCAAUGAAUACUACGCUAAAAUAGGCCAGUUUGACAAGAUGAAGUCUCCAUUUGAGUGGGAUAUUGUGACUCGAGGACUCGUUGCUAUGACGAUAGAAGGCUUUGUUGGCUUCCUUAUCACCAUCCUUUGCCAAUACAACUUCCUGAGGAAACCACCGAGGGUGCCGGUCAGCUGCCAGCCUGUCGAUGAUGAUGAUGUAGAUGUGGCCUGUGAGAGACGGAGAGUACUGCGGGGCGACGCCGACAGCGACAUGCUGCAGAUCCAGAACCUGACAAAGGUGUAUAAAUCCAGGAAGAUGGGUCGCAUCCUGGCCGUGGACCGCCUGUGUCUCGGCGUCCGGCCCGGGGAGUGCUUUGGGUUGCUGGGAGUUAACGGAGCAGGGAAGACCACCACGUUCAAGAUGCUCACCGGAGACGAGUGCACCUCUGGAGGAGAGGCUUUCAUCAACAGAAACAGCAUCCUGAAGGACCUGCUGCGUGUCCAGCAGAGUAUCGGCUACUGUCCACAGUUUGACGCUCUGUUUGAUGACCUGACUGCCAGGGAGCAUCUGCAGCUUUACACUCGCCUUCGGGGCAUUCCCUGGAAGGACCAGGACAGAGUUGUGCAGAGGGCUUUAGAAAAGCUGGAGCUAUCCAAGUAUGCAGACAAGCCAGCUGGCACUUACAGCGGAGGAAACAAGCGCAAGCUGUCCACGGCUAUUGCUCUGAUCGGAUACCCGUCCCUCAUCUUCCUGGAUGAACCCACCACUGGCAUGGACCCCAAGGCCCGCAGGUUCCUCUGGAAUCUAAUCCUGGACAUAAUCAAGACGGGCCGCUCUGUUGUGCUCACAUCACACAGCAUGGAGGAAUGUGAGGCACUGUGCACUCGACUGGGAAUUAUGGUAAACGGCCGGUUUAAAUGUCUGGGCAGCAUCCAGCAUCUAAAGAACAGAUUUGGGGAUGGCUACAUGAUAACUGUGAGGACUAAAAGCAGCGGUAAUGUGAAGGAGGUGGUGCGGUUCUUCAACAGGAACUUCCCUGAAGCCAUUCUGAAGGAGCGUCACCACACCAAGGUCCAGUACCAGCUCAAGUCUGAGCGCAUCUCCCUGGCCCAGGUGUUCAGUAAGAUGGAGCAGGUGGUGGAGGUCCUGGGCAUUGAGGACUACUCCGUCAGUCAAACCACCCUGGACAACGUGUUUGUUAACUUUGCCAAGAAGCAGAGCGACAACCUGGAGCAGCAGGAGGUUCUGCCCCCUGGUGGCGGGCAGUCCCCAUUGCAGCGCAUCUUCAGUUUCCUGAAAGUCCGGCCUGCCAACACAGAGUUGAAUUCUCUGAUCAGUGAGGCUCCAGAGGAGCUCGAAAGUGAUGAUGAUGAAGGACUCAUCAGUUUUGAAGAAGAAAGGGUGCAGCUCUCCUUCAACACAGACACCCUCUGUUAAAACAGAAAACCUUAAGUGAGACUGAACUGAUCCCACUCUUUUGGACCACUGAGGCUUAAAGAGUGACCUCUGACCCCGGGGGUCAUUUGGACCUCUGCAGACUGCGGGUGGGGACAGUGGUGGCUGCAGGACCAGGAUGGAGGGUCACUCCACCCACAGCUUCUCCUGAAUGUAUGAGUGGCUGCCAUGCAGCUACACCUGGAUAGAUGUGAACGAUUGUUUGGUUCUGCAGAUUAUUUUGACCAGACUGGAACCAGACUGGA